AUGCCGAAAAACAAGGGAAAAGGUGGCAAGAACCGGCGGAGAGGAAAGAACGAGAGCGACAAGGACAAGCGCGAACUCAUCUUCAAGGAGGACGGUCAGGAAUAUGCCCAGGUGGUGAAGAUGUUGGGCAACGGCCGCCUGGAGGCUCGCGCGUUUGACGACAGUGGCACAGUCCGUCUGGCGUCGAUUCGCGGCAAGCUUCGGAAGAAGGUUUGGAUCAAUACCGGCGAUGUGAUUCUUCUGUCGCUUCGCGACUUCCAGGACGGCAAAGGCGACGUUAUCCUCAAGUACUCCGCUGAAGAAGCCCGCAACCUCAAGGCAUAUGGCGAACUUCCCGAGCACGCCAAGAUCAAUGAGACCGACACCUACGGCGACGGCGGCGAGGGCGAUGUCGGCUUCGAGUUCGACGAGGAACGCGACGACAGCAGCUCAGAAGGCGGCGGCAAGGAGGACAUUGCCAUCGACGACAUCUAA